CGGAUAACUAUUCUGUCCACACACGUGCUCUAUCAUACUUAAGAACGUCAGAUCCAAACUCCAUAAUCAGAAGGAAGUUGAUUUUGUUAAGCACCUUAAACGCAGCGUUUUGAUGAUCAUUCGUGUAGAUCUGGUGUGUCCCUUGCAUACCAACUUAUUCUCUCUCAGAUCACAUUGCGAUCCAAAUUGAGCUUGAGUGAUUCUAGGGUUUUACAGAGCUGAGAUCGAUGCUGUAUAGAUCGUGAAAAUGGAUUCGCAGCCUUCCCAAUCGGGAAGGUUCAUGGCUGAAGCUGCAACCACCCUUGGCAAUAGUGAAACCCGCUUUGGAAGAACCACUUCGUCGUCCACCAAAUCUGUCCCGGACGGGAGUAGCCAGAGCUUGGCUUCCAUUCUCAACAAUCCUCUCGUCGGAAAAUCCGGCGUUUACAGCUCCGAUUCGUGGGUCGGGUGGUGGUCCUCGUCGACGGCGGUCAGUCCGCCGGAGUUCUCGCCUUUGGUGUCCGGAAAGGCCUCUUCGGAAGUUGCUCGAUCCGAUUUUCAGCCAUACUUAGCCUCGAUCUCGGAGCCGUAUGGUCGUUUCGAGGACAUUCGGAAUCAUAAGAGCAAAGAAAAUGGAGAAUUGGAAGGUUUUGGCAUAAACGGGGAAAUUCAAGGUCAGGGUGAGGCUCUCGUGGCGUGUUUGAGAGAGGUACCGUCGCUGUAUUUCAAAGAGGAUUUUGCGCUGGAAGAGGGCGCGACUUUCCGGGCGGCUUGCCCAUUCACGACGGCGUCGGAGAAUCUUGUUCUGCAGGAGAAGCUGUCGCAGUAUUUGGAUGUGGUUGAAUUGCAUUUGGUGAAGGAGAUUUCUCUGCGGUCCAAUUCGUUUUUUGAGGCGCAAGGGCAAUUGCAAGACUUGAAUGUGAAGAUUGUGGAGGGGUGUAGUCGGAUCCGAGAGCUAAAGGAGACUAUAAGGCUCUUGGAUUCGGAUUUAGUAGAUUCUGCAAAGCAAAUUCAGGAGUUGAAUGCGACUAGAAGCAAUUUGCUGGCACUUCAACAGAAAUUGAAGCUUAUACUAUAUGUCAACCAAGCUCUCUCGGCUCUCAAACUGCUUAUUGCAUCUGCAGAUUGUGCUGGUGCUCUGGAUGUCACUGAUGAUCUGCAACAUUUGUUGGAUGGUGAUGAGCUUACUGGUUUGCAUUGUUUUCGUCACCUUCGGGAUCGUGUAGCAACUUCAAUAGAUUCUAUAAACAGCAUUCUUUCAGCAGAAUUCAUGCGUGCAUCUAUACAUGAUGCUGGAAAUAUGGAUGCCGUAAUUCUGUCAAAUGCAAAAGCAGGGGCUUCUAUUAUGACAAAUGGAAAGGAUGAAGACGUUAAGUUGGAUGAGGAAGAAACUUCUAAUUUCCGAGAUCGUCUUCUCCCUUUCAUUAUUGGAUUGCUGAGAACUGCAAAACUCCCAUCUGUGUUGAGGAUAUAUCGUGAUACACUUACAGCUGAUAUGAAAACUGCUAUCAAGACUGCAGUUGCAGAGCUGCUUCCAGUUCUUGUUGCCCGACCAUUGGAUUCGGAUUUUGCACCAGGAGAGCGAACGGUUGAUGCUGAUGGUGGAGGUUCAUCACUUGCAAGCAAGUUGAGAAGUCUAUCAUCAGAAAGCUUUGUUCAACUUUUAGGUGCUAUUUUCAAGAUUGUCGAGGCACAUUUACUGCGAGCUGCUGAAGUGAAAAGGGCCAUUGAGUGGAUUAUGUGCAACCUUGAUGAUCACUAUGCUGCUGAUUCAGUUGCUGCUGCAAUUGCACUUGGUGCAGCAGUGGCAGAAGCAGCUCAAGAAAGUGAUACUCAAAUUAGUUCUUUUCUGUCAUAUUCUCCUCAAAGGAAUGCUGGGAAGAUUACUAUUCAGGGAAAGACAAAUGAUGCAGCAAGUCCAUCAAAUAUGUCAAAAAAUUUCCGGGCUGAUGUAUUGCGAGAGAACACAGAAGCUGUUUUUGCGGCUUGUGAUGCUGCUCAUGGAAGAUGGGCAAAACUCCUUGGUGUUCGUGCUCUUCUUCAUCCUAGGUUGAGAUUGCAGGAGUUCUUAAGCAUUUACAACAUCACCCAGGAAUUUAUUAGUGCUACGGAGAAGAUUGGUGGAAGGUUGGGUUAUAGCAUUCGGGGAACACUACAGUCACAGGCUAAAGCCUUUGUUGAGUUUCAGCAUGAAUCUCGAAUGGCAAAAAUAAAGGCAGUGCUUGACCAAGAAACAUGGGUUGAAGUAGAUGUUCCUGAUGAAUUUCAGGCUAUAGUCACUUCUUUAUUUUCUUUGGAACCUUUGAUCACUGGAAACCUAGUUGAUGCUCAAGGUAAUAUGGCAACAAACUAUGGUGAAGUGGUCUCAAGCAAUGAUGCAUCAAGCAUGGUGGACAGUGGACUGUCAAAUAAUCAGCCGCAUAUUGAGCAGAGUGAUUCUAUUGAAACAUCUGCUGAUGUUAAUGCGCAAGUGAAAUCUUCAUCAUUGGAUAGUGCAACUGAAAGAAGUAAAGCUGAUGUUAUAACUGCUUCGGCACAAUAUAAUAGCAGUAACAUGAAGGAGCGUGGAAAAUCUACCUCUCAUACCCUUAUUUAUGGAGGUGUUGGUUAUCACAUGGUAAACUGUGGCUUAAUCUUGCUGAAGAUGUUGUCAGAGUACAUUGAUAUGAAUAACUUCUUUCCUGCACUGUCUUCAGAAGUUGUUCAUCGUGUUGUUGAAAUUUUAAAAUUUUUCAAUACACGAACUUGUCAACUUGUUCUCGGUGCUGGUGCCAUGCAGGUGUCUGGUUUGAAGUCCAUCACUUCUAAACACUUGGCACUGGCAAGUCAGGUCAUCAGUUUUACAUAUGCUAUUAUUCCAGAAAUCAGGAGGAUUCUUUUUCUCAAAGUACCUGAAACACGAAGACCAUUAUUGCUCUCCGAGAUUGAUCGAGUAGCUCAGGAUUAUAAGGUUCACAGGGAAGAGAUACAUACAAAGCUAGUUCAGAUAAUGAGAGAAAGGUUAUUGGUCCAUCUGCGUGGGUUGCCUCAAAUUGUUGAGAGUUGGAACAGACCUGAAGAUAAUGAUCCACAGCCUAGUCAGUUUGCUCGAUCCCUAACAAAGGAAGUUGGGUAUCUUCAGCGUGUCUUAUCUCGAACUCUGCAUGAGGUAGAUGUUCAAGCAAUUUUCAGGCAAGUGGUUAUAAUUUUCCAUUCUCAAAUUUCAGAAGCAUUUUCACACUUAGAGAUCAACACCCCACAAGCAAGGAACAGGCUGUAUCGGGAUGUUCAACACAUUCUUGGCUGCAUCCGAUCAUUACCUUCUGAUAGUUUGGGUAAAUCUGGUACCCCAAACUCAGGGCAGCUUGAUGAAUUCUUGGUGAAGAGAUUUGGUACUGAAGCUGGUUGAUGGAUGUUAGUUUAGAGGAGCAAUUUAGAUAUUCCUCUGAUGAAGACUAACCUGAUUUGAAGAGACCAUUUGAGGAUCGAGAACCAAUAUUCACCAUAUUCAUUGGAGUGAUUGCUUUGGGUUAACAAGGUGUUUGAUUUGCGGCAGAGGGAGGGUCUUCAACCAGAGUUUUUGUAGCAGUCCAUAAUCAAUAUACAAUUUGUAAUGAUAGGACCCUUGACAUUUUGUUCCCUUUGAUUGUAUCUUUGGGUUUAGAUAUAAAGGGAACAAGAAGAAAAUAGCUUUGGUUUUCAAGUUUUUUUUUUUUUUUUUUUCUUCGUUUUCAUGGGGCUUAAUUUAUUUGCAUAUUCAGAGCAAUUGUAUCAGUAUUGGAUUUCUACAAAAUAUGCUUUCCGAAAUCAUAAAUAAGAGGUGUCUUUCUUUUGGUUCU